AUGUCCACUUCUGAAGCCGAGUUGUUAAUCCCUUAUGGAAAGUAUUUCGAAUUCUUUCCAACAAAAGUGUGGUCAUUGCAACACUUUUCUAAGAUGAUUAGUGAAUAUUAUGAAAUUAAUGAUAAAAGAGUCAUUCAUAACAUGUUUUAUAAAAUGUUGAAAAGUGUUGCAAAUGAUCAGAAUCUUACAGAAGAUGCUCGUAAUAUUGCUAAGGAACUUAUAGAAAAGAGAAUGUGUGAUACUAAAAAGCGAGACAUUGAAACUCUGGAAGCAGAGGGUUCUUCCACCUCAAAAAAAAAGAAAAUCACACAAUCGAAAUUUAUUACCCUUAAAGUCGCAUUGUCUCGUAUUCCGCCACAUAUUGCCUAUUCUCCGUACGUAACUUCCUCAAAAAGUACAACAAAAGUAGGUGGAAACCCACCGAAAAGAGUUAUGUUGUGGCAAGAUUUCUUUAAUUCGUUAAAUGUACAUCAUUUUGAUGAUGUACAACCGAAGUUUAAAGAACCACAAUUUAUGAGUAAUUUUAAAGUAACAAAUGAGGAAGUAGUUCGUCAGAUAAUAAACGUAAAUAUAUUCAUGGUAUUAAAUGAGCUUAUGCCUGACUAUGAAUAUUCCAUGAGAAAGGUUCCUGGUGAUGGCAUACCAGAUUAUACCUGCUAUUGCCUAGGUAACACUCUAAUCUUGGUAAUAGAGAUAAAGAGAGUACACAUUCUAAGUGAAAUUGGACCAGGACUACUCUCAGAUUUCUAUAAAAUGAAUCCGAGAGUAAAGAAUGUAGUACAACAAAUUUAUUAUUACAUGUCGGAGAACCAGUUGCAGUAUGGAAUCUUAUCAACAUAUGAUGAGCACUGGUUCGUUAAGAGAGAUCACCAGGACCUUUACAUCACGGAGCCUCUCCUGUUGGGAUCGACAUCACCAACAGUACUAGAGGCGUACGCGUUUCUUGCACAGCUUGCUAAAGAACGCCCUUUUCAAAACAUCCAAACAUUAUUUAAAGUAUGUUUCCAUAAAAAGUUUUUCAUGAAUUAA